AUGCUUUGGCAGGGUGAAAACAAACCCCUUCGGGAGUAUGUCGCCUGCUACAGCCACGAGUAUUCCCAAUGCCCAGAGACAAAUGAUCGGGCUGCUUAUGGAGCUUUCAAAAGUGGUCUUCGCGAAUCCCACUUUCGCUAUCUCGUCCAUAAUAACCCAUGGAACACUUAUGCGGAACUCAUGAAGCUGACAACAAUCCAUGUGAAGGCCGAAUACUUUAACUCCAAACGUGGCCUAGCUAACCCGUCACGGAGUACUUUUGGCGAUCCCCCAUCUGCUCCGGCACCCACCCCAGUUAACCCUCCCUACUCCGCUUCAACUCCUGAUAAUCAUAGUACCCAUCACCCCAAGAGGAAGGAUUGCUACCUUCACACCUUCAGCAAUGGGAAGCGCGGUCGACAAGGUACCCACCAUGAGUCUAGCGGUAACAACCCUUCAGGGACAAAUGGUUGCACCCCGCUCCUCUUCGAGCCCAAGCCCAAGUUCAAAUUUACUAGCCAUGAUAUAGAAUCCUGCAUCACCCUACGCAACAUCAUUGAGGAACUCAUCCGUGAGGAGAAACUAGACAAGUAUGUGCACAACCUCCUUCCUCCCCCGAACCCUCACCAACGGCAGAUCAACAUGAUUUCCAUCAUCAGUGGUGGUCCUACAUUGGCCGGGACCUCCAAUAACUCCAUCAAGCACUAUGUCUGCUCUUCUUACGCACACCAGGUUUUUAGCACUCAGCACGAGCGCCUGCCGAAGAUCCCUAAGUCAGGCUGGGCCCCGAUUACCUUCAACUAG